CGUGCAAGAGCUUCAGUCGUUCUUGACUCUCUGACCACAGAGAUACUCUCGUUCAUAUAGAAGAAAAAACAAAUCAAAAAGAAAAAAAAAAUAAAAUAAAACGAAACAAAAGAAAUAUCGCGAGUGACAACCAACUAAAUCACGAAGUGAGAACACCAUGAGAUUGUUCGUGUGUUUCGUGCCAGUGUUGGUACUACUUUUCAUUCAAGAUUCCUUUGCUAAACCUGGUUUACUUCGUGAUCUGACAUCAGGUUUAUCAAGUGGAGGUCUUUUGGAUCCACUUGGAUUAUUUAAUAAAGGAGAUAAGAGUCAGGCUACUGCCAGUAGCAAUGCUCAAUCAUUAGGUACCAAUUUGAAUCUUGGACCAUUGGGUCUCUCCACCAAUUUGGCAUCAUCCUCGGCAUCAGCAACAGCCCAUGGGGGUGGUUCUGCAUCUGCCAAGGCAAAUGCUAAUGCUCAAGGUUAUGGUUAUAAUGGUGCCAAUGCCAACGCCAACGCCAACGCCAACGCCAACGCCAAUGCUGGAGCUUCAGCCAAUGGUGGUGCACAAGGCUAUGAUGAUUCUUCGAGUCUUUACAACGGUGGAUCUUUAAAUAACAAUGGUAUUACUGGCAACUAUAAUUUAAGACCAAAUGAACCUUAUUCGAACAAUGUCUUUCCUUCGAAUGGACAAUAUGGCGGUUACGAUGGUUCCUCACGUAAUUCUGGAAAUGCUCAGUCCAAUGCUAAUGCAAAUGCUGGUGCAUAUAGUGGUAGCAAUGGAGGUACUUUCAUUCCAUCAAAACCAAGUCCAUCUUUGGGACCAACUUAUGUCGCUGAUUAUGGCCCAUCUUAUCCUCAGUACCAAGGAAAUAGUGGUAGUACUUCUGGACAUUCAAAUGCACAUUCUAGUGCCAAUGCAAAUGCAAAUGCUAAUGCUAAUUCUGGUAGGACCGAGCAUGGAUAUAACGUGCCCGAAUCAAUUCCUAUAAACAUCCCACAAACGAUUCAACGACCACAACCUACCCUACAACAGAGACCUAUAAUAAUAACUCAAUCUCCACCAAACCCGAUAAUUCGGCAACCUAUACAAAAUUCAAAUGGUUACUCCAGUGCCAGUGCAAAUGCAAAUGCUAAUGCUAAUGCUGGUAGGAUUGAUCAUGGAUAUAGAGCACCAAUAAUCGAAUCAAUUCCUAUAAACGUUCCGCAAAAUAUUCAACGACCACAGCCUGUCCUACAACAAAGACCUACAAUAAUAAUGACUAGACCCUCACCAAACCCAAUACCUCAACAACCAAGGCCAAUUAUUCAUAGUGUUCCUGAGUUACAUAAUUCGGCAACACUACCAGUUGUUAUCGUCGAAGGUCCGCAACAACAACCAAUAAAUAGACCGGGUGUCUAUCAUCAACGUCGACCUCAUUACCAUCAUCCACAUAGACCAAAGCAACAACCUAUUGAAAUCUUCGUUAUCGAGGAUGACAGCACUCCGACACAAGCUCAAGGUGGAUAUCAGGGCAAUUACGGAUCAAAUUCAGGCGGUUCCGGGCAAUAUAAUGGAAAUUAUGGUCCUGGAACAGGUCAUGGAAGAGGAAAUCCUUUCCUAAAUGGUGGUUCAACUAGUAAUGCCAAUGCCGCAGCUAAUGCGAAUGCAAAUGCUAAUGCUAAUGCGGUUGGUCAGUCAGGAUCACUUGGAUAUAAUGGUGGAAAUGAAUAUCUUGGUAAUAUCGGAGCAAACAAUCCUUUCCUUGGUGGAUCUGGAAGUGCUGGAGCAAAUGCAAAUGCAAAUGCAAAUGCAAAUGCUAAUGCUAAUGCUCAGGGACAUGGUCAAGGACAAAUUGGAGCACAAAAUCCCUUUUUAACUGGUGGGUCUAGUAAUCUUGGUGGAUCAGGCAAUAUUGGUAGACCUUAUCAAGGCCAUGCUCAAGGAAUACCUACCCAACUUCCAACGAAACCAAAUUGUGGUGGUUCAGGAUGUAACAAUGGUCCUUCUAUAAUAAUAAUUGAUCAAAACAAACCUAAAGGCAUACCAACGACUCUACCAAAAGAAAUAGAUUCUGGAUAUUACGAUGGAAGCAACGCAGGAAGUUCAGCGAAUGCUAAUGCUGGAAGUUAUGGUGGUGCACAAAAUCAGCCUGUUAAAGGUGUCCCGAUCAUUUUAAACGGACCUAAUUACGGUGGUCAGCCUAAAUAUCCAAGUACCGGAGGAUCAGGAAACUUAGGUGGCUAUGGAAGUGGUAGUGGCUCUGCAGGAUCUAAUGCAAAUGCUAUUUCAUCGGCUAAUGCUGGAAGUUCUGGAUCUGGAUCAAGUGGUUAUGGUGGACAGGGUAACGUACCACUUAAAGGAAAUCCUAUUUUAAAUCUUGGAGGAUCUGGUUCAGGAAACUUGGGUGGUUAUGGAAGCGGUAGUGGCUUGGCAGGAUCCAAUGCAAAUGCCGAUGCAUUAGCUAAUGCUGGAAGUUCUGGAUCUGGAUCGUUAUCAGGUGGUUACGGUGGACAUGGUGGAUAUGGUGGAGGAUAUGGCGGUGGUUCAUCAGGUAGUUCUGGAUCUGGAAGUUCAGGAUUCGGUGGAAAUACUGGCGGAGGUGCAUUAGGAGGAAGUUCUGGAUCUGGUGGAUUAGGAUUCGGUGGAAGUACUGGCGGAGGUGCCUUUGGUGGGAGUUCUGGAUCUGGAAGUUCAGGAUUCGGUGGAAAUACUGGCGGAGGUGCAUUAGGAGGAAGUUCUGGAUCUGGAGGAUCAGGAUUCGGUGGAAGUACUGGCGGAGGUGCCUUUGGUGGGAGUUCUGGAUCUGGAGGAUCAGGAUUCGGUGGAAGUACUGGCGGAGGUGCCUUUGGUGGAAGUUCUGGAUCUGGAGGAUCAGGAUUCGGUGGAAGUACUGGCGGAGGUGCCCUUGGUGGAAAUUCUGGAUCUGGAGGCUCAGGAUUCGGUGGUGGUUCUGCCGGAUCGAGUGCCAGUGCUAAUGCCAAUGCAAACGCUGGCGCUUCCAGUGGAUCUGGUGGUUAUGGAAAUGGAAACAUAAAGGGAUCUGGAUCAGGCUUUGGAGGAUAUGGUGGACAAGGUAGUUCAGGCGGCUACGGUGGAAGUCAUGGAGGUUCAGGAAGUUUAGGUGGAGGAUACGGUUCUUCUGGAUCAAACGCUGCUGCCAAUGCUGAUGCUAGUGCCAAUGCUGGAAGUUCAGGUGGUUCAAGAGGAUCAGGAUAUGGUGAUGGAUCAGGCAUACUAGGAGGUUAUGGAAAUAAGGGAUCUGGUUCUGGAUACGGUGGAGGAUCAGGAUCAAGCGCUUAUUCCGACGCUAACUCUUCUGCUAGUGCCGGUGGAUCGUCCCAUGCAACUUCCAAUGCAAAAUCAAGUGCAUUUUCGAAUGCUGGUGGAUCGGCUAAUGCCAAAGCCAACGCUGAGGCAUCCAGUAGUGCUACAGGAUUCGGAUCGAAAUCAUCGGCAUCGAGUCAUGCAUCUGCUACUGCUGAUACUAGUGACAUGCUCGUAUUCACGGAUUGAACUCAAUAUUAAAACAAGGAUUUAUCAGGCAUUUGAUAAAGCGAUUCCUAUAUGUUUCAUCUUCGCAAAGUGACCAAUAAUAUUAAUUGCACGAUUUAGCUUCUCUUUUUCUUUGUUUUUGUUUUUGUUAUUCUUCGAAUUUUUAUAAUUCUGAGCGUACUUCUUGCCAUUGCAAUAUAAUUGUCUUUUGUAAAUAUCUUUAUUCAAUUUUUUUGUAUUUUUUCUUUUUUUUUUUUAUGUCAACUUAUGCCACACUGUUUCCAAUUGUAAACAAUAUAUAAGAUAUACGUCGAGUAAAACUUUUUUUUGUAUAAUUUGUUUUUAUUUUUUAUUCAAAGAUAUUGCAAAAAGAGAGGUCGUGUUGUUUGAUAGGUAGAAUAUUUUUUAAUGGAUGUAGGAAUCAAGUAAUAUGAUAUAAUACUCGGAUUAUACAAUAUCUGCUUAAUUUCCGAUAGAACACGUGACUAAUUGCUAAUAAUGUCGAAUCGAAAAUAAUACGAAUCAUUCGUUCACGUUAGAAUUAAACUUUGUACAAAACCGGUAUAGCAGUUUGUAAUACGUGUAACCAGGCAUGUUAUCGUGAACUAUAAUUGUAUUGUUCAUUUCUGUGUCUCCCUCGAGCUAUUUGUCGAUAUUGUUAAUCUUUAAUAUCUAAUAUUAGAUUAUACACGUAAAUAUAUAUAUAUAUAUAUAUAUAUAUAUAUAUAUAUAUCCUCGCUUAGAUAAAUUAUUUCGAUUUAGAAAUGACCACGAUACAUUGAUACGAGUUUUAUGAGAUUCCUGAAAAUCAUGGGAUUCACGUAAAAGUAUUUAGAAUGAAGUGUUUAGAAAAAGAAAAAUUCAGUAUUUUUAUAUUCAUUUGCGAUGAAUCUUUUAUGAAACACAUAGACGCACUCACUUACGCAUCUACAUAAUUUUGAAUGUAAGAUAUUAAAAAUUUAAUUGUGAUUUUUUUUUCAAAUAUGAAUAUUAUGAGAUUAGAAAGAAAAAAAUACAUAAAUAUAUGUAUAUUUAUUAAGAGAAGAUAAGACAACUGUAAUCAAUGUUCAAUUUGUCCUAUGUAUUUCCGUGCGAUUUUUCUUCCGGUUUUUUUUUGUAAUUCAUAGAUAAUUACCGAGAAUUAUUUUAACAUCGAACAUUAUUCGUUUCGGAUUUUCCUUGAAAUUCUCCUCUAUUAUCAACUUCUUAUCUCAUAUACGCUCGAUGUAAACAUUCUCACAUUCUCGUCUCUCUUACAUAAUAUUUUACUGCGCGUCUUAUUUGUAAGCACUAAAAAUUUGAAAUAAAAUUUACGAUACAUUCGAUAUACUCGGAUUGUCGUUAGAAAAAAAUCA